AUGGCUUUGCUGUGUGGCCUUGGGCAAGUCACUCUCCGUCUCUGGGCCCCACUUCCUCCCCAGACCUAAAACAGGAUCAGGUUCCCAGCUACCAGGGCAUUCCUGAGGAGCGGCGGCAUGGAGGCUCUCACCACUCAGCUGGGGCCGGGGCGCGAGGGCAACUCCUCGCCCAAUUCCAAACAGGAGCUGCAGCCCUACUCCGGCUCCAGCGCUCUCAAACCCAACCAGGUGGGCGAGACAUCGCUGUACGGGGUGCCUAUCGUGUCUCUGGUCAUCGACGGCCAGGAGCGCCUAUGCCUAGCGCAGAUCUCCAACACCCUUCUCAAGAAUUACAGCUACAAUGAGAUCCACAACCGCCGCGUGGCCCUGGGGAUCACGUGCGUGCAGUGCACACCGGUGCAGCUGGAGAUUCUGCGUCGGGCCGGGGCCAUGCCCAUCUCGUCGCGCCGCUGCGGCAUGAUCACCAAGCGCGAGGCCGAACGCCUGUGCAAGUCGUUCCUGGGCGAGCACAAGCCACCGAAGCUGCCCGAGAACUUCGCCUUCGAUGUGGUGCACGAGUGCGCCUGGGGCUCGCGUGGCAGCUUCAUACCCGCGCGUUACAACAGCUCGCGUGCCAAGUGCAUCAAGUGCGGUUACUGCAGCAUGUACUUCUCGCCUAACAAGUUCAUCUUCCACUCGCACCGCACACCCGACGCCAAGUACACGCAGCCCGACGCAGCCAACUUUAACUCGUGGCGCAGACACCUCAAACUCAGUGACAAGUCGGCCACAGACGAACUGAGCCACGCUUGGGAGGACGUCAAGGCCAUGUUCAACGGUGGCACCCGCAAGCGGACCUUCUCGCUGCAAGGAGGCGGCGGCGGCGCUAAUGGCGGGGCGGGUGGGCAGGGGAAGGGUGGUGCUGGCGGCGGCGGCGGCGGCGGGGGAGGCCCGGGGUGCGGCGCAGAGAUGGCCCCAGGCCCGCCGCCCCACAAAAGCCUGCGCUGUGGCGAAGAAGAGGCCGCCGGGCCUCCCGGGCCACCUCCUCCUCACGCGCAGCGGGGACUUGGUCUGGCGGCGGGAGCCGGCGGCCCCGCGGGCGCUGGAGGGCCUGGUGGAGGUGCCGGCGUACGCAGCUACCCGGUGAUCCCAGUGCCCAGCAAGGGCUUUGGCCUCUUGCAGAAGCUGCCCCCGCCGCUUUUCCCUCAUCCCUACGGCUUCCCCACGGCCUUCGGCCUCUGCCCCAAGAAGGACGACCCUGUGCUAGGCGCGGGCGAACCCAAGGGCGGCCCAGGCGCCGGGAGCGGCGGGGGCGCGGGCGCUGGCGCAGGCGCGGGUGGCCCAGGAACCGGCCACUUGCCCCCCGGGGCGGGAGCUGGCCCGGGCGGCGGCGCCAUGUUCUGGGGUCACCAGCCCUCCGGGGCAGCCAAGGACGCAGCGGCCGUGGCCGCGGCGGCUGCCGCAGCCACUGUGUACCCGACGUUUCCUAUGUUCUGGCCGGCGGCAGGCAGCCUCCCAGUGCCGCCCUAUCCAGCCGCGCAAAGCCAAGCCAAGGCCGUGGCUGCGGCUGUAGCGGCGGCAGCGGCGGCAGCGGCGGCUGCUGCCGGUGGUGGCGGCCCCGAGCCCCUGGACGGUGCCGAGCCGACCAAGGAGGGCGGCCUGGUCGCAGAGGAGCGCUGCCCGAGCGCGCUGUCCCGCGGGCCGCUGGACGAGGACGGCGCGGACGAGGCGCUGCCGCCCCCGCUAGCCCCGCUGCCCCCGCCGCCCCCGCCGCCCGCACGCAAAGGUUCCUACGUGUCGGCCUUCCGGCCUGUGGUCAAGGACGCCGAGAGCAUCGCCAAGCUCUACGGUAGCGCACGCGACGCGUACGGCAGCGGGCCAGCCCGUGGGCCCGGGCCAGGCGCAGGGUCUGGCGGCGGCUACGCGAGCCCGGACUUUCUGAGCGAGGGCAGUUCCAGCUACCACUCCGCCUCCCCCGACGUGGACACUGCGGACGAGCCAGAGGUGGACGUGGAAUCCAAUCGCUUCCCCGACGACGAGGGCGCCCCGGACGAGGCCGAGCCCGGCGCGCCCGGCGCGCCCAGCACAGGAGGCGGCCCGGAUGGUGACCAGCAGGCAGGACCCCCAUCUGCCACCUCAUCGGGUGCCGACGGUCCCACAGACUCUCCCGACGGCGGCAGCCCUCGUCCCCGGCGCCGCCCAGGGCUACCCCCAGCCAGUCGGUCCGCAUUUGGGGACCUGGCGGCCGACGACCUGGUGCGGAGACCAGAGAGGAGCCCGCCGAGCAGCGGCUAUGAGCUGCGAGAGUCUUGCGGACCGCUGGGGGGCCCCGCGCCAGCCAAGGUGUACGCGCCCGAGCGGGACGAGCAUGGGAAGAGCGCGGCCGCGGCGCUGGGGCCCGCGGCCUCCUACCUCUGCACUCCCGAGGCCCACGAGCCAGAUAAGGAAGACAAUCACUCGACUGCCGACGAUUUGGAAACAAGAAAAUCCUAUCCAGACCAAAGGAGUAUCUCCCAGCCAAGUCCCGUAAAUACAGACCGAGGUGAAGAUGGGCUCACCCUAGAUGUCACGGGAACUCAACUAGUGGAGAAGGAUAUCGAGAACCUGGCCAGAGACGAAUUGCAAAAACUGCUCCUGGAGCAAAUGGAACUCCGCAAGAAGCUGGAGCGAGAAUUUCAGAGUCUCAAAGAUAAUUUUCAGGAUCAAAUGAAGAGGGAAUUGGCUUAUCGAGAAGAAAUGGUGCAACAGCUGCAAAUUGUCAGAGAUACUCUGUGUAACGAACUUGACCAAGAGCGGAAGGCGCGCUAUGCCAUCCAGCAGAAAUUAAAAGAAGCCCACGACGCCCUGCAUCACUUCUCCUGCAAGAUGCUGACGCCCCGGCACUGCACUGGCAACUGCUCCUUCAAGCCCCCGCUGUUGCCCUAG